GCUUGAAUUGGCUUGGGUUUAUGUUAAUUGCUCUUGGUUCCUUCAAUUUUUGGGUAGCCCGUGAGCUUUCUUCUUCCAUGCCGCCGGCCUUCCCCCAAUCUGCAGCUCCGGUUUUAGCUGGAGAAUUAUGGAAGUGAAACCGAGGACAGAGAAACCACGGGAAGUGACGAGUUAGAAAGCUAGCCAUUUCGAGAUUGAUAUAGAUUUUAGAAAUAAAUCAUGAUCUUGUAAGCUAAAGUGUAUUUGGAGAUUUAUGAUAUCGGAGAAAUUUUAUAAUUUGAUCUUCAGAUUUUUAUGGUAUUAGUUUGUGAUAUGAUUAAGUUCCGAGCCUUGUGCACUUGUGGGACCCGUCUCACGAGUGCACGGCAUCUGCCACGUCUCCGGAUUUGGGUUCUGGGGCGUGACACCUUGUGAGAUUUUGUUUCUAAAUUUAAUUCUAACUUGACAAGAAAAUCUCUAUGAAUCCCUUGUUGGAUUUCGCCUUGAAUUUUAUAAAGAAUUAGAGUCCUUGUGAGAUUUGUUUUCUAAAUAUGGAUUUGCAUAGGUAUUAUUUUAGACACUCUAAAUUAAUUUCUAAAUAUGGAUUUGCAUAUAGUUAUUAUUUUAUGUAACUUUGAAUUGAAGUGGGAUUUGAAGUUAUCAAUAAUCAUUGAAUUGGUCUGAUCAAAUAAAAGAAAUUCUUUUAU